AUGGUAGAGCAUGACAUUGUUUUAGGUCAUAUAGUCUCUAGGAAGGGCAUUGAAGUAGAUCCUGCUAAAGUUAGCGCUAUAUCUUCUUUAUCUUAUCUCGCAUGUGUGCGGGAGGUUCGAGCUUUUUUUGGCCAUGCAGGAAUCUACAGGAGAUUUAUUAGAGAUUUCAGUAAGAUUGCUCUGCCAUUGUCUCAGCUACUUCAGAAGGAUGUUAUGUUUGAUUUCGAUCAGAGGCGCAGUGAGGCUUUUGACAGAUUGAAGGAGGCUCUUACUUCAGCACCUAUUAUCAGACCCCCAGACUGGUCCUUACCUUUCGAGUUGAUGUGUGAUGCUUCAGAUUAUGCAGUGGGAGCUGUACUGGCACAGAGAGUGGAUGGAGCACCACAUGUUAUUUGCUACGCUUCCAAGACUUUGGAUUCAGCUCAAGCAAACUACACAACAACAGAAAAAGAGCUUCUUUCUAUUUAUCUCCUCAAGAAGCCUAAUGCAAAGCCUAGAUUAAUCAAAUGGAUGCUUCUACUUCAAGAAUUCGACGUAGAGAUACGUGAUAGGAGCGGGAAGGAGAACUUGGUUGCAGAUCACUUGAGCAGGAUUGAAGGAGACUUGGAUAGUACAACUAUUGAUGAUGAUUUUAGGGAUGAGCAGCUUCUACAGCUGCAGGUUGAUUAUGUUUCCAAAUGGGUGGAGGUCAUUCCCACUCGGACUGAUGACUCUUCUGUUGUUGUUAGCUUUGUCAGGUCUCACAUAUUUUGUAGGUUUGAAGUACCCAGGGCGAUCAUAAGUGAUCAAGGGUCUCAUUUUUGUAACAGACACAUGAAGGCUUUGCUACAUAAGUACGGGGUUACACAUAAAGUUUCUACAUCCUAUCAUCCUCAAACAAAUGGGCAAGAAGAAGCGUCUAACAGGGAGGUGAAAUCAAUUCUUGAAAAGACUGUGAGACCGGAUAGAAAGGAUUGGAGUAAGAGACUUGAAGAUGCACUAUGGGCUUAUUGGACUGCUUUCAAGACCCCUAUAGGAAUGUCUCCAUACAGGAUUGUGUAUGGAAAAGCUUGCCAUUUACCCAUGGAGAUUGAGCAUAGGGCGUAUUGGGCGGUUAAAGCAUGCAAUCUUGAUAGUGAAACAGUUGGAGAAGAAAGGAAAUUGCAACUUCAAGAACUUGAAGAGAUUAGAUUGGAAGCUUAUGAGAACUCACGGAUUUAUAAAUAA